AUGAACCCCCCCCUAACCCCAACGUACAUCCUGCGCGGCCACGCCUCCGCCAUCCACAGCCUACACAUCUUCCAGCACAACCUGCGUCUGAUCUCCGCCGACGCGGACGGCUGGAUCGUGGUAUGGGAUUUAGUGUCGAAAAGGCCCGUCGCGGCGUGGAAGGGCCACGAGAGCGCUAUUCUUCAGGUUAGGGCAUUCUCUGUGGCUGAAGGGGUCCAGGUGUAUAGUCACGGCCGAGACCAUAAACUUCGGGUGUGGAAUAUCCGCGCGCAGGAUGAGCCUGUCUUGCAGAGGACGCUCCCUGUGGAUGCGAACGAGGGGAGGGAGCGAGGGGAUGAAGGCCGUCAGCCGUGGAUGGUGCAUUCGCUACCUGUUAAUGCGUUGAAUUUCUGUGCGUUUUCGAUCUUGUUCGUUGAUGGCUCCUCCUUUACGGGGUCGGAGAAGGCAGAUACGCAGACGCAUCCAGAAGAACAAGCACAAGCACAAGCACAGUCCCAAACAGAACCAUCUACUUCAACACCUCCAACAAACACAACACACCCCCCGGACGAGGAAACACCACCUAACAAAACCUCAUCCAACCGCCUCCUCGCAGCCCCCAACGCCCUCGACUCCGGCGCCAUCGACCUCUUCCAUCUCCCGCUCGAGCGACGAGUCUGCACGAUCCCGCCCCCGGAAAGCAUCAAGCCGGGGAUGGUCAUGGCCGUGGAACUCUUCCUGGGCCCCUCGCACACGGGCGAUCUCUACGCCGCAUCAGGCUACGAAGACGGCCACGUGAUGGUCUUCAAAUGUCGCGGGAUCUUCAAGGCCUGGAACCCAACUCAGCCCUCUAACCAGUCCCCAUGGAAUAAGAAGUGGGACUGGGAAACCCUGUACGUAUCACGCGCUCACACGCAACCCGUCUUGUCGAUCGAUAUCUCUGCCUCAGGAGGCUAUAUUCUCUCGUCUGGCGCGGAUGCGGUGCUUAUGAAACAUCCGGUUCCUGGGGAUGUUAUUUCUUCUGCUCCUGCUGGGGAAGGCAAAGCGCUGAAGACGGUGAAUACGAAGCAUGCAGGACAGCAGGGUCUUCGGAUUCGAGACGACGGGAAGAUCUUUGCCACCGCGGGGUGGGACUCUCGCGUGCGGGUGUAUUCGUGUAAGACAAUGAAGGAGCUGGCGGUUUUGAAGUGGCAUAAGGAGGGGUGUUAUGCGGUGGCGUUUGCAGGUGUUGAAGGUGAGGGUCGUUCUAGGGGGCAGGUAGCAGAUUCAGGGUCGGAGGCAGAGGCAGGGAGCAUGUCUCAAGAAUUCUCACUCGCGACUGUCCAGCAGCAACGGAACCACAAGGUCCAAAAAACACAUUGGUUAGCGGCUGGGUCUAAAGACGGGAAGAUCUCGUUGUGGGACGUCUAUUGA